AUGGAGGUUCUAGUUCUGUUGGCUGCCGCAGUGGUAGCAGAGCAGAAAAGGGAAGCUGAACCUCAUUACGGAUAUGCUGGACUCUACGGCUACCCUUACCGCGCUUAUGGUUAUGGCUAUGGCGUCCCUGGAGGUUAUCUGAACCACAUUACUACGGAAGGCUACGGUUAUCCUUACCGACAACUCUAUACCCCCCACGCCCACUCUUACGUCCACACCCAUGGCAUCGGUAAGAGGGAGGCUGAGGCUGAACCAGAGCCUCACUAUGGAGGUUAUGGUUAUGGCCUUUACCGACCCUAUGGUUAUGACCUCUACCGUCCAUUUGGCUACGGUCUUUACCGACCUUUUGGCUAUGGAUAUUAUGGAUGA